CCGUCGUCCUCCGUCGCGUUUCACUUUCGCUCUCUCGCCCGCUCUUCUCCUCAAACCUCUCCCGCACCGCGCCGGCCCGGACCCGGACUCCGGACCCGACCCGAGAGACCCGCCCGCCCGCCCGCGCGCUCUCUCCCUCCGCCGCGCCAAUGGUCGUCCUCCGGUCCCGCGCCGUAGCUCCGGCGGUCGCGUCCCCGCCCCGCCCAAGAAGCGCGAGGGCGAUGAGGCCGGAAUCGAACCGAUCACCCCCGCCCGCGCCCGCGAGCGCCCCGCCGCCGCCGCCCAGCAAUCCCCCAGUCCUCCGCCCCGGGUCCCGGCCCGAGCCCGGACGACGCCGGCCCCGCCGGCCCUCGCCGCCGGAGCCUCCGCCUGGCGUCGGCCGGGGAGCCCGCCGGCGGGAUGGCUCCGUCGGGGGCUCGCAAGAGGAAAGGGCGCCCGAUUGGGGGCGAGGAGAUUAGGGUUUUGGAUUUGGACGGCGGGGACGGGCGCGGGGACGCGCCGCGCGCCAAACCGCGCCGAGAAGGUAAUGUGGACGGCGACGAGGUAAAAGAUUUGAAUGUGGAAUUGGAUUUAAUGGAGUUUCCCGAGGGCGAUGGAGGUGGAGGGUUUUUGAGUCUGCGGUCGGGGAAGAGUUCUGACGAGAGGGGAUUGGAAGUGAGGGAUGCGCUAGUCGGGGCCGGUGGCGAUGCGGUGGUGAAUAUAAGCGACGGGGAGGCAGAUGAUGAAAGAGAACGAGCCGGGGGAGGUAGAAAUGGUGCUGAGGUGAAGCUUUUUGGUGUAGACCUGAGGGGGAUUGUAAAUGGUUCUGUUAAGGAUAAAGAGAGAAAUAGUGCUGAGGAUAAAGGAAAGGGUAUAAUGAUCGACAGUGUUGGUACGAGUCUAGUGUUGAAAAGUGAUUGUGAUGGAAGUGGUGAAGUGAGGAGGAGAGGAAAAUAUAGUGCUGCAGAAAAAGGGAAAGCUAAGUUGGUAGAGGAUGAUAACUUCUUACUGUCCAACGGCAGUGAUGUAGGCUUGAAUCAAGAAAAUGUUGUCUUGGAUGGUAGCACACGCAAAACAGCUGAAGUGAGGAUUCAGAUUGAGGCACCAUCAAGGAGGACCAGGGUGAAGCUAAAUGAAUCCUCUGGACUUGAUAUGAGGGAAAAGUUUAAGGAGAUAGCGAGGAUAAACGCGUCGCGGUUUGCUCAUUUCAACCCUGAAGAGGUAGAACAGGAGAGCAAUUCAGCACCAGAGGUUGCAGGAAAUGCAGAAGUGGCAUCUGCAGAAGCAAAUGAGGACCCUGAAGAUUGGCCGGGCCCAUUCUCUACUGCCAUGAAGAUUAUUAGGGAUCGCUCAUCUAAGCUGAGUGCACAACAGACCCGCUUCCCUUUGGAGAAAUCCAAGUCUCCUGUCAUAGAAUGGGUUCCAAGAAGAGAUCAAGGUCGUGACCUCAUUGAGCCAGUGCCGCCUUCGCUGCAAGAACUGUCCAUGAAAGUCCUUGCUGACAAUGUCGAUGCAAUUACUUCACUUGAAGGUGUCCCGGAUGCACUGAGGCACAGGCUGUGUCAGUUGUUAUGUGAUUCCAGGAGAAUUAGUGCUCACUUUUUUGACCUACUUAUCCAAGGAUGUCCGACAGAGUUAUGCAUAAGGGAUUGUUCGUGGCUGACCGAGGAACAAUUUGAUAAAUCUUUCAGGGAAUGUGAUACUAGUGGCCUGACGGUUUUACAACUUAACCAGUGUGGGCGCUGUCUGGGAGACUACAUUGUAUCUUCUUCAUUAGCAAAGUCAGCAAAUAGCUUGACUGUCUUAUCUACUGUAUCCAUCACCGGUGCAUGCCGUCUUACUGAUGUUGGAUUAAGGACUCUUGUUUCUGCUGCACCUUCAAUUAGGUCCAUAAAUCUCAAUCAGUGCUCCCUUCUGACUUCUGCCAGUGUUGAAACAUUAGCCAACAGACUGGGAUCAGUUUUGAAGGAAUUGUAUAUAGAUGACUGCCAAAGCAUUGAUGCCAUGCUCACUCUACCGGCUUUGAAGAAGUUUGAACAUUUGGAAGUUUUGUCUGUAGCUGGCAUUCCAUCUGUCUGUGAUGAUUUUAUCAGAAAGUUCAUCUUUGUACGAGGACAUCAUAUGAAAGAACUUGUUUUGGGUGAUUGCCCGAAUUUGACUGACGCCUCUUUCAAGGUCAUUGCUGAAGCAUGUCCCGGGUUACUUUCUCUCGACAUUGUGAACCUGAUCAAAUUAUCGGAUGCUGCAAUUGGACAUCUUGCAAAUGGUUGUCGAGGAAUUCGUAAACUUAUACUCCGGCGUAACACUUUCAGCGAUGAAGCUAUUGCUGCUUUUCUGGAAACUUCUGGAGAACAGUUGGAAGAACUUUCGCUCAAUAAUGUUAAGAAGGUUGGACACAACACAGCUAUAUCACUUGCCAGGCGAGCUAAGGGUUUGCAGAUUUUGGAUCUGUCCUGGUGCCGAAAUUUGACAGACGAGGCCAUGGGCUUGAUAGUGGAUAGCUGCUCAUCGUUGAAGGAACUUAAAGUUUUUGGAUGCAGUCAGAUCACUAAUACAUUUCUAGAUGGCCAUGCAAAUCCUAAUGUACAUAUCAUUGGAUCGAGACUGUCCCCAAUUUUAGAGCACAUCAAUGUUCCUGAGACUGCAGGUCUAUUGCGAUAUUCCUGAGUGGCUUCUUUCAGUAAUUUUUUUCGUAGAUUCGCCAAAACCUAGAACUAGGUUUUUGAACGAGGAUACAAGCUCUUUUUGUUUCAUUUGUAUUUGCUGACAUGACCCCUCAGCAGUCUUCCUCUAACCGAAAUGCUAAUCAAUGGCAUUACUUUUUGGAAGCAGUAGAACUUUUGGAAUCUAUGCUUCUUGACCUUUGAAGUAGAAGCCUUGGUUAAAUACUGUGCAAGCACUCGAGUGCUUACUGUAUGAAGGUGAAGAUUCUCAUGAUAUAAUAGUACCCCAAUUGGGCAUUCUCCCUUUUACCACGUCUUAAA